CGUACAAACUGUAAACUUUAACCUUCAGAAAAUGGAAAGUAUAUGGUUUUUUGUCAUAUCAGCUGUGCUACUAUCUGGAUCCUGUCACGGAUUAUCGAAUGGAACUGUCAAAGUCAUUCUGAAAAAAUAUAUCAAUGGUAACCGCUUUAUAGGUUUAGUGAAUUAUCGUGAUGUAGUCCUCUACGGUGAUAUUGAUGUGGGUGAUCCACCUCAGAGAUUCAGAGUUGUUUUUGAUACGGGAAGUGCCGAUCUUUGGAUACCUUCUAGUACAUAUCCUAAAACGGUCCAUCCGCAUCAAAAGUUCAAUCCCAAAGCAUCAAGAACCUAUAUACAGAGCGGAGGAGGAGUUUUGGAUCUUAAAUAUGAAAAGGGGGAGCUAACAGGUUUCCUAGGUCGAGAUAAAGUAAUGGUGGGUGGAGUUUUACUCGAUAGACAAGAGUUUAUACAGGCAACAAAACCUGGUCCUCAUAUAGAAGACGUGGUAUAUGAUGGCAUCCUAGGAUUGGGAUUUCCAAGCCUUGCGGUGAAAGGAACAACUACGGUCUUGGAAAAUAUGAUGAACAAAAGACUGAUUAAUAAAAACAUAUUUUCUUUUUGGAUUAGAAGUUACCACGGUGACGGAAGACAUGAAGAUCCAAAUGGUGGACAAAUAGUGUUUGGUGGAUUCGACCCAAACCACUUUAAAGGGGAACAUACGUAUGUUCCCGUCUAUGGGAGAAUAAGAAAUUUCUGGAGAAUUAAAAUGACAACUAUUCACAUUGGUGAAACACCAACUCGACAUUGUGCAGCACAAUGCGUAGCAAUUGUUGAUUCUGGGAUAACUGACAUUCUGGGUCCAAAGAAACCUAUCAGCGACAUAAAUAAAGCACUUGGAAAGGUGAGUUGCUCUACCAUGCGUACGAUGCCCACUAUCUUCUUCACGAUCGGGGGAAAGCUUUUUCCCCUCACGCCAGAUGAUUACAUAGCCAAGGAUGGUGGAAAGUGCUUCAGUCGUUUUGUGGAGUCACAUCGCUGGUUUUUAGGCCUCGCUUUUAUGCGAGCCUAUCACACAAUCUUCGACCUCCAAGACCAGAAGAAACCCAGAGUUGGGUUUGCCAUAGCAACAUAAGCACAACAACAACAACAAAACUUAACUUGUUGUUUCUAAUAAUAGUGGUGCUGCAGAUGAUGAUCAAGUUAAAUAAAGUCUUUUGCGAAAAACUUUACCCAUAUGGUAGCAAUAAUGCUAUCUAAACACGUAUUUUAGUCUAUUAUAUUUUAACAAAAAUAAUAACUACGCUAAUUUUUAUUCGUUGUCCAA